UCGCUGCAGACUUCUGCCAGGUGGAGCUGCGUCUGCUGGCUCACCUCUCCUCUGACCCUGAGCUGCUCCGCAUUUUCACCCACCCACAGGCGGACGUCUUUACCAUGUUGGCCUCUCAGUGGUCGUGAGCGUCUGUCAGGGAUCCUCGGGGUGAGCGCUGAGCAGGCCAGCCGAUUCCAGGACAGCUUCCUCCAAACCUAUAGAGAAGUCCAGGCCUUCAUCCAGAGGACCAUCCAACAGUGCCACAAACAAGGUUAUGUGCUCUCCAUCAUGGGUCGUCGACGGACCCUCCCUAACAUCAACUCCUCUGAUUGGGGCAUCCGCAUGCAGGCCGAGAGGCAGGCUGUCAAUUUUGUGGUCCAAGGUUCUGCUGCUGAUCUCUGUAAGAUGGCCAUGAUCAGAAUCUUCAACCUGGUCUCCUCCUCCAGCUCGCUCUCUGCCAGGCUGAUAGCACAGCUCCACGAUGAGCUUCUGUACGAAGUGGAGGACUCCCAGGUGAAACAGUUUGCAGCUCUGGUGAGGAGCACCAUGGAGUCUCUUCAGCACAUAGACCACCUAGGAGUACAUCUUAAGGUCCCCCUGAAGGUGGCAGUCUCCAGUGGCAAGACUUGGGGAUCCAUGUCUGAGCUUAACAUCCCUCAAACGUCUCCAUCUCCUUCUCUUUGAGUCCUGCCUCCUUUGUUUUUGCGCCCUCUAUCUUCCCCCCUUUCACCGCCUCUGUAUUGAAUAUACUUUCUUUCACUGCUCCAGACAUUUUCUCUGCUCCCUCUCACUCCCACUUGGUGUGUUAUCAUCUUUCUGCCUCUUCUGAGUUUCUUGUUCUCCCUCUCAUAGUCUCUCACUCUAUCUCUCUCUUCACUCGUCCUGCAUCCAUAUUGCUAUGGAAACCAGGCAGCUGCAGCUCCUUCCAGCUCCCAGUUCUUGCUUUCACUCCAUCCGUAUCCGGGGGCAACGGCAGGAGCCUCAAACUGGAUUGCGCCAGUUUAUUUUUUUCUCUCUCUCCAUCCUGCAAAAAAAAAGAUUCCUUGUCUCCUCCUCAGUUUUCACACUCUCGUAUUAAGACCAACGCUGUUUUCUCUGCCUUGUUUCCAAGGUGAAGCUACUGUACACGUUUGAGAGAGUACUUGAUAUUUAUUGGUUCAUAGAAUUGGUUGUUGAUUAUUAAAAAAGACGUAGGGGUUGAGCUACUAUAUACCUGAAAUAUGGUGUACUGCGUUGUAUAAAACUUCUUUGUAUUUAUUGUUUUUAUGCUUUGUUCGUGCUAAAUAAAGCUUGCAUUAAUUCUGCAUGCUCAAAAACGUCUGUGACAGGUUCACACUUGAUAAACCCAAUGACUUUCUUCCCGUUUUCAUUUCCUCGUGCAGGUUUUUUUCUGCCUACACUAGGCACAAAUCCUUAAUUAAUUCUUCUAGCUAAUUUGCACGUUACAUUUUAAAACAUUUUUAGAGUUGAUGCUCUUAUUAACAGAAGCGUUGAACAAUUGAAGCAGCAUAAUAGCCUUGAAUUUCAACAAAUAUUACAAAUGAGUUUAAGUCAUAGUUCCCUGGCAAUGUUCCUGUCAACCUAGAGUUUAGAAAAAGUCAGAUAUAUUUAGUAGAUAUUCUAUUAUUUUAAUGCUAUGAAGCCAUCAUAUCUUCAGGGAUGCUUUAUUUAAUAAAAGUCACCUUUUUGUUGAUUGCAUUCAGCUGAUUCAAAGCAGAUGAUCUAAUUUUGCUGAGCCGUGCGCAUCCAGUGUCUUACUCUCUCCAGCUCAUCUUUUAUCUGCUCACUUGGCUCUAGCCCACCCUCCCCUUUGUCUUGUUUGUGCCUCUGUCACACCCACACACACACAUUCCACAAAUGUUAAGAAACACACGCACACACUCUUUUUAUCCAUGCAGCCACCAUGAAUGCACUCACAGUCACCGGCUUCCAGACACACUGACCGAGUUUCCUCGUCUUUGGCAGCCGCAGUGAGACUCUUUUUGCCCCCUUUAUACUGUCCAAUUAAGACCCUUUAAGCCUACAAAAUGGGUCUAGGCAGAACCAUACACCUUGUGACAUUUUAAACAAAGCCUAACCCCAAUUACCCAUUUGAAAUGUCACCUGAUGUUGGCAGCUAAUUAUAGGAGUUGUCACUUUUUAAGUCGAUAUGAAGGUGUAAUGUGGAAUCUGCAGAUCCGCCAACUGUCCUGUCGUGUAUUUACAUUCCUCUAGUUCCCUUUCUUUUUCAGUGGAACAGCCCUUCACUUUGCCAAUUGAACCCACUGACAGGAAUGUGCUCUCCAUGUGCCGAUGUGAGAGAAGCUUUUCUCACCAGGUCAGUAUGAGCAGUUCAGAGCCAUAGCACUGGACAGUGUUAUGGAAAUCUGCCCCUCUAUUCUCUCAUUGUUCGGUGGUUUAAGGGUGCACAGCCUUCCCCCUCUUUGAUAGGGGAGCGUGAGACUGGUAUGUGCAAAUUCUAGAGGGCACUCUGCACUUUUGGAGUAGGGGUGUUCAAAGUAGGUAUGGAGGUAAAACUAAUAAAGCUGUUUUAAACUCCUUUGUUUGUGUUCUGUUUUGUUGAAGUCUAUGUACAGGAUGCAACAGCAUACUAGCACUGUGUUUUUGCAGUUAAAAUGAUCUGGUAGUGAAUCAUAUGAGCGGGAGAAUUAUUACAGGAUGCCUGUUAUCUUCUAGUUUACUAAAUUAAAAAGAUGUCAAUGAGGCAUAACCUUAUUGACAUCUUUUUCAUUUGAAUGAGUGUUGCCUUCACUUUAAUGACCUGUGUCAUUCAUAGGAGCCAAGGCCUGAGGGUCCAGCUGAAGACUCCAGUUGUCAAGGGCAACAGAUAUGAGCUUCCCCUAGUUGCCAUGGCGACCGUGAGAUGUGUAAGUAGGCACGUAUCCUCACGGCUGUGAUUGCUGACAUGUAUAUCACUUUAAAUCUAAUAUUUAUCUCAAAUUAUUCUCAGUGUGUAUACAUUUUCCUUCCCUUCUCUGCUCUCUUGGCAAGAAAAAAAUCUGUUUACUGUUGCAACAUAUAAAAGCUUAAUGCAUCAUCAUUUUUAAUUGAUACAAUAUAUGUACAUCCAUGUUUCAAUCAUCGUCAUAAUGCAGGAAAUGCCAUCUUUACAUCUAUACAGUGUUCCAGUUGUUGUCAUAAAAGAAAGGGUUAAUAAUCAACAAUAAUAAUAGUAAUCCCAGUGUGGUAAUACAGCAAUCUUCCAAAGGAAUGGCAGAAAGGGAACUGAAAGCUAAUAGACCCCAAUAAAAACCAGGUUGUCACUGCAGUCUCACUGAGGUCGGCAGACCGGUGUACCAACAUCGUCUAGACUAUGUUACAGUCUCUUUCUGACAUGCUUCUUCAUCUUAAGCACUGUGUCCCCGGUAAUCACUAAAUCUGCUAAAUCACCACACCAUGCUUGACCUUAUUACUGUACAUGAGAAUCUUGUCCCACACCAUACCUGUCCAUAAUUUUGACCCUGCUUUUCCUCUCUUUGUCUUCCUGUAACCUCUCUAAUCCAGUUGACCCCAGACAUUGUUUACUUACUACUCUACUUUAUAUGCCUAAGGGCCUCUUUUCUCAAAUACCUCAUUGUAGCCAAACUACCCCUUCCCCUACAUGUCCCCUAACCCCUGGUCUCCAAAGAUACUUCAGUUACAAUUUUACUCCCUUCCCCCCUAAGUCUAUCCAUGUCAUCCAUCAAUUGCUCCUUCCAUUCCUCUAUCAUGGCCGGCUGGUUGACCUGCCUGCCUCCCCACAGUGUGGCUGCAUAUCAGUCCCCUGCUGUGCUUUGUGCGGGUCGGUUUCCUGGCAACAGACAACAGCCAUGACAGGGCUCCAGGGCAGAGAGAUCCCCUUGCAUUGCAGCAGCUUGCUAUAGCUAGAUAGCUCAGUCCAGAGCCACUGAUAUUCAUUGCCAUGCCCGGUGUGUGCUGUAAGCUAACAGAGCUGCUGCUGUUGCAGUGUUUUAGGUUCUCUCUGACGACUUGAGAGUUCAAGCAGACAGGCAGGACAAGGAAGGCUGUGUCUGAACCCAUCAGUGUGCGACACCAAGGCUAAGAUGGCGUGCACUGUAACCCCUGAAAGUGGCAGCCGUUAGUCAGUAUGGGAUUGUCAUGAGGUAAUACAGAUGAAGACACCUGCACUACUGUAGAAUCUCUAUUAGUGCUGUAAAUAUCUUUAAAAUAUAUUUUUUUAUAUAUUUUAAAUCCACAGUUUCUGUUACAAAAGGAGUAAAAAUGACCCCCAGAUGCUAUUUACAGUAAAAUAUACUUUACAACUUUACAGCUACUGACUUACAGAUUCAAAAAAAGACUUUGAAUCUCACUGGUAAGAAAAGUCAACAUGAUUGAGAGUUGCGAUUCUGGCAGCUGCAGUAUGUUUUUAAUUGAUUAUUUUCAAUUGUACUAACAGAGUGGUGGUAGUGACGCUGCAGCGCAUACAGUGUUACAAGUUAACCAGAAGUCUUUGUGGUUAGAUAAAAGCUCAGUUAAGAGACUUACAGCAGAUUGCACUUUCAGAGUGUGGCUACGCCAUCUUUUCCCUGUCUGCUUGAACUGCUCAUUCUUAAGCAUACAUUACCCCCCUCUUGUCAUUUCCCCCAUUCCCUGUUGACAUCUGUACAAAUAUGCAGAGGUACACCUGUGUACUUCAACUUCGAGUUUUUAAAAAACACAUCUUUGACACCUCUUUGUAAAGAAAAAUACAAAAAACAGAAACAUUUUACAAUCAAACACCCCCUCAGGCUUCAAUAUAAUGGUAUAAUGAGUGGUAAUGUUGCAAUGCCAAAACUGUGAUGGCAUCACUGCCACUAAGGGAUAUAACAUCAAUGCAGCAUUUCAUGUAUUUAAUAAAAUCAUUGUUGAUAGUAUGCCAUAAUUUUGUGGUUUUAUCUGUUUGUUUGUUUGUUUGUAUUUAUUGCUUGAUUAGAUGGCACAUGGGCAGGAUUUUUGCCAAAUAAUACCAAGUAAGUACAGGAUUGUGUUGAACAAAACAUAAGGAAUAAGAAUGCAGCAAUUACUGUCACCUUUGGCAAAUUUUCACCUCCAAAAAUAGCCAUGGGUCGUAGUACGAAUUAUACAUUAUGGUAUCAUGUCUUGUAUCUAUGCUUAUGAUACAUAUAGGAGAAAGAGAAACUUUAUCCAUAUUCUUCAUAGGAAAUGUAAAAAAUCAAAACUAUCUGUACUGUAAUAGCAAAACAAGACACAGUUGUGCUACAAGUGCUUAUGUGUUCUUGGCACCUGUGGCCUCAGUCCAAAGUGAGUCCUUCUGUAUUUGCCACAGUGGAGCAAAAUCCUCACCAGAGGUAGAGAGAGAGAGGGAGUCCAUGCUGUGGAGUUCUGUUGCUGCAGACCUCCUCCCGCCCCCCCGCUCGCCCCAUUUAACUGCCAAUGUGGCACAUUCCUCCCUCACCCCUCGCCCUCCUCGUUAGGUGGAACAUUCCAGGCGACAGCCAUCUUCUGAGACAAAAAUGAACUCCAUCAGGAUUGGUUAAAACCAGCAAAGAUGACAGGUUGCAGUAAAUCAUACAUUAACAAUAGGUAGAGAUACAACUAUUUACAAUCACAUAAAAUGUCUAACAUCUAAUGUAGUGGUUUAGUCACUUAAUGAAAGAACCAAUAGCUGCUUUUCACCCUUUUUCCACCAUUCUCAUUCAUAAAGUAAAAAAGCAACCAGGAAAGAUUUAAAACAUAAAAACCUUUCUAAGACCUUAAAUGUUGGCAGUUUACAUUCAUGCCUGUGAGUGUUCGCCUCCAAGGCUGCUGAGCAUGGACACACACCAUCAGAGUAACACAACACACCCACAGGAUCUGUACAUUUGUGCAGUUUUGAAUUCUAUGCUCCUUCACCAGUUGAUAAACUGAAUGAAAUAUUGAUCAUGACAAAUACUGAUAUUUUUAACGUUUGGUUAUUUUAACGGCCAUGUUGUAGGAUUUAUAAAACUUCUGAAGUUGAAGCUUUGGCUUCAAUAGCCUUAGCUUGGGCCUCUGUGUCUGCCAUCAGAGAGAGAGCAUCAGAUGAACAUUUUUGGGAUCUAAAGCACUCUAAACUAAAAGAGCCUUCUCCAGUAGGGGAGGCCUUUUAUGAAGCAUUCCUUCUCAAACCUCAACCAAUAGGACAGCACACUCACACUCAAACAAAUCACAGAAAACCAAAUAAAAAAGUGUGAGAUUGUUUUUGGAUUGUACAUCAGCAGAACAUUUCAGAGGAAUGGUUUGUAACAAAAUGUACACUCUGGUAGAAGUUGCAUACAAUUUAAUUACUACAUUCUAACAUUAAGUAUGCGUUACCAGUUUUAAAUGGGAGGUGAGACUUCACAGGGCAUAGCAUUCACAUGAAGUAGAAAACAGACAUUGCUCAGACUAGAAAUAAAUGCAUUAUAGUCAGUGCACUUCAUCUUUACAAUUCAAAAUCACCCUUUAACUACCGUAAGCCAUGCAGUCCACAAGAUAUUUGAACUCCCGCGUUUGAUUCCAGUGCAUAAGGCCUUUGCAAAGGCGUUUUGAAUGAUAUUACCUUUGUUCCGAAUAUUUACCAGUAUGGAUAAUAAUUUCUCCCGACAAUACAUGAAGGAGUAUUUUAAAUUUCAUCUGGCAGAAACUGAGAUUGGCAGCAGCGGAAAUGGCUCAGAAUUGACAGACUUCACAUUCUCCCACAAGAUCCAGACCACAGUUUAUUUUACAAUCCACCUCAACAAAGCCCACCUCUCACUCUCAACCUUCGGACCUCACCCAAGUCUUAUAAACAAUGGACUGAGUCAUACAGUAAAGACCAAAACACAUUGGCAGCGAUAACGGACAUAAAUUAGUUGAGACUCCAAAUGUGUCUCUGCUGUGGUGUUUCUGUGAGGAAAUCUAAAGCCUCAGCACCACUGACACUUACAUUUCACAACUGUGAUAUCAGAUGUUAAAUAGAUGGUUUAUAGUCUGAUUCUUAUAUUUGGAGACAAACCAGAAAAAUUCAGUAUAGUGUGUUCACACUGUGGUUUAGCUGUUUAUCAUGUUACCAUUAGCUUAGUAGGAAGUUUGUAAGUACUGUAUGAAGGUCAGUGGUAGCUGUUGCUCCAGAAAUGUCACAAAAUACAGCCUGGUCCUCUUUUGACUCUCCAGCAACAACCAAAUUCAAAGCAGAUGCAUCAAAGUGGUGUGAGGCAUCCUCCACAUGUUGGCCCGAUGAAAGCAUCUGGUGCGUUUUUGAAAACAAUACUGUUAGAUACUUUCAGUGCAUUUGUGCCUUGCUUUUACUUUGUAGAAUUUCAUAGAGAAAUCUUAGGUUGGCUCCAAUUAAAAGACAAAGAACGUGUCAGUAGCUAAGCCUCCUCUAGACGUUGCUUGAACACAUGGCUUGAACAAAGGGAGGGAAGGGAAAGAAGCUUUAGUUCCAUGGGACCUGACAUACAUAGGCGUCUAAACGGCUUAAAGUAGCUACGGUCAACUUUUGUCCAUUGUGGGGGUUUUCUAAUGUACAUCCCUAAAUAAAAAAAAUAAAUAUUGUGCAAAGUAAGAAACAUAUACAUACUGUAUAUUUUUAGGCAUUUAGCUUACAUAGGUGGAGGUUCAGUGUGGGGUUUGAGGACACGUUUGAGUGGAAACGGCUAUUACCUGUGUCACCUGGAGCAAAGUCUAACCAUGUGACCAUGACUGCAAACCAUUACACUAUCCUGCCGCCUGUGUUUCCUUUAUCUGCAUAUGAUAAACUUGGCCAAGGACUUGGAUGAAAGAUAUUUCACUUGGUGCUCGUAAAGAUUUUGCUCUAUGUGCUGCAUGGGAAUACAUGUUUUCUCUUGCAUCAUUCGUCGAAUGCCCAUGAUCUUAGUCCUGCAAAGUGUUUGGUAACCUUACCACAAGCUGGUUUAAUAGAAGAAGAGCUAUGAUGCUUUUAGUCAUAUGCCCUCACUCCCACUGUGAUGAAGGAAGGAAACUAACUUGUCCUCCAGCCAGUGACAGAUAAAUCUGAAUAUCAAUAACCGAUUUCAAAUUUAGCAAGGCUUUUAGAAUGGGAUACAACUUCUUAACAAGGGUUGGCUACCUCCUAAAGAUUUAUGAGCACUGGCUUGUGGCUGGUAUUAAUUUCACACCCUUGUCUUGAUUACAUAGAAUUAAAAUAAUUUAAAAUAAAAUAAACCAUUAUAAAAAUUACAAGUCUAUCGUUCCACUGUAUGCCAUGUGCUAGGAGUUUCUCCACUAAAAGUUAUAUUUGCAUUCAAAGACACAUUUCAUGCAAAUGGUACAAUUGUUCUUUUUUU